UUCGGGUUGUAAGAUAGUAAGCUGUAUCAAACAAAAAUAAACAGAGUAAAAUUGAGAACAUUUAGUAUACCAGAUACCAUCCAUUUUCAUCCAACUCACAAUUUGUCUUCAUGUAAUCGUUUCAAACAAUGUUUGCAGAUGGGUAAACAACAUUUUAUAGGCGGUUGGUCGACUGUCCCCAAGUUUCAAAGAGGAAGGAAGUGCUUCCCUGAUGAAAAUACAGGGUAGAAGACGAAACCUGUCAGCUGAUACAGGGAAUUCAUGUAGCUAGAUAGCUAGCUAGACAGACUGGCCGCAGCAUGCUCGACGCCGUGACCGCGGCCGUGGGCUUUACGCUGUACAGCAAUGGCAGCAUACUUCCCACAGCAACGGAGAACGCAUCCGUGUCACCAACCUGGCAACCGGACCCCGAAACCAAUAUUACCAAACCGCACAAGUGUCUGCAGGUUCUGUAUGAAGACAUCAGCAACUCCAGAGUGCGGUCUGGGACCCUGCUGCUCCUCGUACCCAACGUGGUGUUCUUCAUCCUGAUGUGGAAGCUUCCAUCUGCCAGGGCCAAGAUCCGCCUCACUUCCAGCCCGAUUUUCAUCACCUUUUACAUCCUGGUGUUUGUUGUGGCAGCGGUAGGAAUCACUCGUGCCAUAGUGUCCAUGACUGUCAGCGCCUCCAGUGCAGCCACUAUCAUCGACAAGGUGCUGUGGGAGAUCACACGCUUCUUCCUGUUGGCCAUUGAGCUCAGUGUCAUCAUAUUGGGACUGGCCUUCAGUCACCUUGAGAGCAAGUCCAGCAUUAAGCGUGUUCUAGCCAUCACUGCAGUAUUGGCCCUGGCCUAUUCUAUCACACAGGGGACUCUGGAAAUCCUGUACCCUGACGAGCAUCUCUCUGCUGAAGAUUUCAACAUUUACGGCCACGGUGGUCGUCACUUCUGGUUGGCCAGCUCCUGCUUUUUCUUCCUGGUUUAUUCUUUGAUUGUUAUCCUUCCCAAAACCCCUCUGAGGGAGAGGAUAUCCCUGCCAUCUAAAAGGAGUUUCUACGUGUAUGCGGCCAUCCUGUCUGUGCUGAACCUGGUGCAGGGGCUGGGCAGUGCUCUGCUGUGUGCUGGCAUCAUCCAAGGCCUCUGCUGUGUCGACGUGACCACAUUCCUGUACUUCUCUGUGUUUGCGCCUCUGAUCUACAUCACAUUCCUCAAAGGCUUUUUCGGCUCGGAGCCCAAGAUCCUGUUCUCCUACAAGUCCCAGAUUGACGAGCCAGACGAUUCGGAUGUGCACCUGCCGCCCACCUAUGGCGUCAGCAGGAAGGAGCAGGAGCCGGGCUCAUACUCUAGCACACAGAUCGAUGGCUCGGCCGCAUACCUGGAUGAUGUAGUGUCUGGGCCAUACGCUGUAGGCAGCAUCAACAGCAUCGAUAGCGACCGCUGGAGGGCCAUCAAUGCCUAGCGCACGCCCCCUCCGGCUCUCAGGACACACACACACUCUGGCCUGCGAGGGAGGGCUGGGCUCACCUCCUGCAGUCUGUGUCCUAAAUCUACUGCAACAAAAGUAUUAUCUCCCUAACCUUUUGAAUACGUUGGAAACAUAAUUAAAAAUGAAGUGUAAACAUGUUCCUAUCGGGGGGGUUGGGGGCGGGUGGGAGUUGGGAGAUGGGGCAUUGUUUGGCAGGGAGUCCUCUGAUCGCUGCCUCUUUUUAGAUUUGUGAUGUGGUGUCCACCUCUGCCCAGGUCCGUAGGCCAGCUCAGCUCAUCAGAGGACAGUGAACAGUGCCAUUCAUCGUGGAUGUGUGCUUUGCUUUGCUGGCGACGUGGAACGCAUCACUGUGCCAUGGCCAUAUAGAGUUUGUGUUUCAGUGUUUCUGUAAUGCUCACAUUCUUCUAGACCUCUCUCGGUGCACCUCAGAUCAAGGUCAUUCGGCCCACUUGCACUUCUUCACUAGGAAGCUGAGGAUCAUGGGAAGGCAUACUUGCUUCCUGCAUCACCUGUAUUUUAUGUGAAUUAUAUUUAUUUAUUUGACUAACAUCUGAAUGUUUGUGGACCAUUUUCACCUGUGUUUGAAAUGCUUUCACCCUGUCCAUCUGAUGUUUUACCACCGAGACAUGAGCGAGCAAUCAUCCUAGCAUGGACAUGAGAAAAGCAAAGGCCUCCGAAGGCCUGUUCCUGGUUACAUGGUUGCCAGGAAAUAUCACCAGAAGGACAAACAUGUCAUUUGCUUUUUUUUUUUUUUUCAAAGAACACACGGCUUAUUGCUGUGUCACUUUUUUCUAGAUAUGAGAGGUCUUCUGCAGCUGGUCACUGUCAAUGCAAAGUAAAUAGAUGACAAAAUCGGAAUGUGCAUCUAAGGUGAGCAAAAAAGCGCCUGGAACAUGCAGGCAAACCCUGUCACCUGCAGCAGGCCUCCGUUUCGCCUCUUGUUCCCCUUUACCCCAGUGAGUACCUUGAGGACAAUGCUAAAGGUGGCCUGUCGAGUGAGAACUUGAGCACUCCACUCGUGUAGUGAACAAGGCAGAAUGGCAAAAUGACCAAAGGGCCAAAGCUUUGUUGUGCUUUGGAAAAGGAGGCCUUGCUACCAGCCAAAAUGAGUCCCUGACUAAUCCCAAGAGUAGCAUCAGGAUACUUCAUGUGCCACUAGAUGACAAGUAAGGACCAAAAAAAAGAGAUCCAUGAAAGUCCUUGAACUGUGCCUUUAACCUGGCAUUUGUGCAGUGAAUAGCAGACCUACCUAUGUAAUCAGAUUUGAGUGUGUUUGAAUGCAGGCAGUGCAUAUAACAACAUUGGCCAUCUGUCCUCAGUUUGAGUUCAGAUGCCUGUCAUCUCAGGCACACUGCAGCAAGACACCCUCUGCCAAAUUCUCAGCCACAUUCAGGACCAAGUGGAAGAGGAGAAGGGCCGAGCUGAGCAGAGCUCACACAACUUGGAGAGAUCAUUUUCCACAUGUGAGAAACACGCACAGCAUUUGAGAGGUACGCCCUUCAGAAGGUUGAUGGAGAGGCAAUAUCCUUAAGAAGGAAAGGGCAAUAAUGUGCGUGUGCUUAUAUUGCAGGGAGAAGGGGAACAGGCCCUCAGUAACGAGUGUGCCUGGUACCGUCACUGCUCUCAAGACUCGUUAACAGUACAGGUGUAAUGAGUUUUAUUGUGUUACUGUAGAAUAUUGAACCAUACGUGAUGUGCUGAACAUUCCAUGAGUGAUUAAA